AUGAAGAUGGAAUUUACAAUUAAACACACCUGGGAUGAUUUACCUGUGAGCCAUGAGCCAGUAACAAUUGCGUUGAAGUCGGACAAUGCAGGACUGUUAAUGGAAGUUAAUGCUCCCUUCUUUAAUGAUCCUCCAGCACCACUUGGAGAGCCAGGGAAACCUUUUAGUAGUCUGUGGGACUAUGAGGUUGUAGAAGCAUUUUUUCUGAGUGACAGAACUGAACAGUAUUUAGAAGUUGAACUUUGUCCCCAUGGACAACACUUGUUGCUGCUGCUUUCUGGCAGAAGAAGAGCAUGGAAAGAAGAACUUCCUUUACAGUUUGAAGUGACCAAAAUGAAAACCAAAUGGGAGGGUAAAGCUCGUCUUCCUUGGAAUUAUUUUCCACCAUGCACUAACAAGUUCAACGCAUUUGCAAUUCAUGGCUCAGGAGAAGAAAGAAAAUAUGAAGCGCUUCAUCCCGUGCCUCGACACGAACUCCAGGAAGGACAGAAACCAGAUUUUCAUCGCCUGGAAUUUUUCAGAGAUUUGAACCUGAAAGCACUAAUGGGAGAAGACUGGAAGCAGCCUGAGUCAGAUAUAUGGAAGUCUCUCACUAAUUACAUGGAUUGA